UUUUUUUUUUGCCCAUGGAGCAGCUGCAGGAGGGUGAAGACAGCUGUAAAAUACAAACACGGGUAGUUGGAGAACUUUAGAAAGAGGAGACACCGCUUGAAGCUCAGCUGGAUCCUCUAAGUAACUGUUAGAGUAAAGUUUGUAGAAGAAAAAGCUGACAGAGAUGUGGAGUCAGCAGGUCAAACAGCGAUUGGAUCCAGCAGAUGAGCAAAGACAAGAAAUACUGGAUGCUGCUUUCAGCCUAGAGGAUCGGCUGCACCCAUCAGAUGUUCAUCACACUGCUUUGGUUAAAGAAGAUGCUCCUAAAGAACAAAGUCCUGAUUCGGACCUUGAGGACCCAAAACCCAUCCAAAUAAAGGAGGAGCAGGAGGAACACUGGGAUAAUCCAGAGAGAGAGCCGCACGGUGUGGGGGAGGAGACCGACGGCAGUAGUAUGUCACUGUCACCAGUUCAAGUGAAAAGCGAGGAUGAGGAAGAUAAAGCAAACCAAACAGAAUCUAGAGAUGUGCCAAGCAGCAGCUCGGUUGACCAGAUGAAAUCAGAAACUGAUGAUGAGGACUGCGGAGAAGAAGAAUCCAGUAGGAACCCAAAUCUAAACCGCCAUGGAGACGCUUCCAACUCUUCAGAGACAGAAGUUAGUGUGGAGGAUGACGAUGAUGAUGAUGAGGACUAUUCUGACUCUCAGCUCAAACCCUUGUCAGACUCGGAGGCUGAAACAGAGGAGAGUGAAGAUGACUGUGAGGAGAGCAGUAUUUCUGAGUUGGAUGGAAAAACUUGUAGAAAGCCUUGGAGCUGCACUGAGUGUGGCAAACGGUUCGUAAACAAGCGCUCCUUUCAGAGUCACAUGGCAUGUCAUCCAAAGAUAAAAUCUGAUGUGAAAGUCCAGAAGGAUCAGAAAACUUUCUCUUGUGAUGUCUGUGGGAAAACCUUUAAGAGAAAAAGUCAUUUGAACUUACACACAGUAAUUCACACAGGAGAGAAACCUUUUGGUUGUAAUGUUUGUACAAAAAGAUUUGGUCGAAAGUCUCAUUUAAACAGACACAUGACGAUCCACUCAGGGGAGAAGCCCUUUGAGUGUGAUAAAUGUACGAGGAGGUUCGCCAGUAAAUGUCGUCUUAACUCUCAUCAGAGGGUCCAUUCCGAUGAGAAACCGUUUGGCUGUGACCUGUGUGAACAAAGAUUUAAGGAGCGAUCUGCCGCGAACAGACAUAUGAAAGCACACUCAGGAGAAGAUCUUAUUAAACAGAAAGAGUUUGGAUGUGAUCAGUGCAGCAAAAGGUUUGCCACUAAAAGCUGUUUGAAUUCACACCUAAGGAUCCACUCUGGCGAGAAACCUUUUGUCUGUGAUCUCUGUGGACAAAGGUUUUUCUACAAGGCUAAUCUAAAGGCACAUAUAAGGAUUCACACCGGGGAGAAACCCUACAGCUGUGAUGUUUGCGGACAAGAUUUUAGAUCAAAAUCACAUCUAAAUACCCACCAGAGGAUCCACACCGGGGAAAAGCCACUGAACUGUGAAGUUUGCGGACAGCGAUUUAGUCGCAAGUCGCAUUUGACGAGACACAUGAAGGUCCACACGGGAGAGAAACCCUAUGGGUGUGUUCAGUGUAGUAAACGGUUCACCAACAAAACGGAUCUCACCUUCCACCUGAGAAUCCACACCGGAGAGAAACCAUACGCCUGUGACUUCUGUGGGAAAAGAUUUAUGGUCAAAUCGGCUGCAAACAAACACAUGAGAGUACAUUCUGGGGUGAAGCCAUUUGGCUGCCAUCUUUGUGGUCAAAGAUUUACAGCCAAGCCCAGCAUCAAGAAACACAUGAUAAUCCAUACAGGGGAGAGACCCUUCCGCUGUGAUGUCUGUGGCUAUAGAUUUAACUUAAAAACAAGUCUGGACAGGCACCUGAGAAUCCACACAGGAGAAAAACCAUUUGGUUGUGAUGUCUGUGGACGACACUUCAACCGCAAGUCAACCUUAAAUACUCACAUGAAAAUUCAUAAAGAAGGAAAAGAUGCUUAGAGAGGAAAGGAUAGUGGAAAUAUGAGUCUGAAACUCACUGAACCAAUGAACUUUCAGUUUUGAUUUUGAAAUAAUGUGUUUUGGAAAGAGGAACAAUAUUUCUUCAUGGAAAAUGUCAGUUCUUUCUGAGAACUGAUGCCUUCAAACCUGUUGAAACUUCAUGUGUGAUCAUGAGGUUGACUUAUUAGUAACUUAACCGGGGAAUUGGAUCAUUGAUGCUUUUACUGACUGAUUAGAAUAGCGCCUAAAGGUUAAAAAAAUUUGGAACAGUCCUUCCAGGAUUUCUGACUUUCUUCGAACUAAGCUAGUUGAAUAUUUUCCUUUCUGUGAAACUGUCUGACUGUAAUGUUUUUUCUUUUUUUUUGACCCCAAGAUAAUUUGUUUAUGUGUUAUGUUCUCAUUUAGAGAACAUUUGUUACAGCUUGUUACUACUACCACAAGGUGGCAGCAUUGUAUAAGCUGUAUGAUUGGUGGAAAGGUUAGCACUGAAGCCCCUUUCUUCAUUUUAACUUAUAUUUAACUUAUAAUAUUUGAAGUUAUUUGAACUUUUUAUUAGCACUUUAAUCUGGUUUUAUGUUGAACCGAUGCUAAAUUCCAGCUUUUUGGUUCAGUUCCAUAACCAGGACAGCUGUCAUUUGUCUGAACGUAACAUGCCCCCCUCAGCUGUGGUAAUAUUCAUUCAUAAAUCUAUAUUUAAAUAUAUUUAAAUUCUGAUAUUUAUAAUUAGAAGAAGAUUUAUAUCUAAAACUCACAUCUCAACUGCAGUGAGUUAAUAAAUAAAAACAGAUGUACUUGUUUUUUUACGGCAGUGUAGUUCUUGCCAAAAAGAUGAUCUGGUAUCGAUUUGUUUUCCUCUGUAGGGCUGAUAUGACCUCAAAUCAAUAUCACGAUAGAGUGGGCAAUUUUACCUUAAUAACAAUAAAUUCACUAUAAAUGCUUCGGCUCCUCUAUCAGAAAUAAAGGCAGGUGCAGGAAAUGCAACUGAUCUAUUUAUAAUUUAUUUAUUGAAUAAAUCACCUUACAUAUUGCUUUAAAUAUUAAAGUAUUGUAUUCAUUGAAUUUUCAAACAGUCAACAAUGUCUCAUUGAUCAGGAGAAAAAUGUUACUUCGCUUCUUAACAUUUUUGCGCAAAAGCAGUGGUGCCUUUUGCUCAUCCUUGUACUCAACAGCCUAGCUGUGCUGUAGGUGGUGGAGGGUGGAUGUGUUGCUUUAUGUAGUGCUGACAGGUUUCAGGCAAUCUUUGCAUUUCGUGUUUUUGCUCAACAUCUAUGGUGCCACUAAACUGAGCAUGCAGUGAGAACAAUGUGCAUCGUUUAAACUCGCUUACUUUCACUAAAAACUGCUGGAGUAUCUUAAAAGGUAAGACACCAGCCAUAGUUGCACACAGGAAAAACAGCAAAAUUAAGUUUAUUUCUUUUACCGACGUGGGAAAAUCAUCGCUGGUUAUCGUGGUGAAUGACAGUAACGGUAAAAAUCCAGUGUAUCGCCAGGCCUACUCCUCUGGGUUAAUGCUUUAUCUGUUUAAGAAUAAUAAAACAUGAUCCAAUUACAAAUGAGAUCAUCCUUCAUUAUUAAAGAAUUGUUGUAAUUAAUGAUAUAUUGGUCAUAUGUCAGCACACUGUUGUCUUUGUAAACAAGAAUGGUUUGUUGCUAUAGUAACACAUUUUGAUCGCUAAUAAUUAUUGUUAGAUAGUGGAGGGAUGCUGGCUCUGAUGCAUUGAUCAAAAACAAGUAUGCAACUAGUUAUGUGAUUUAAUGGGAAUAAUUUAGGGCCUAAUUCCAGUAAACUUUAGUAUCAGUUUCUUGUCAGUAUUGCAUAAAUCAGCAGGUGUGAAAAAAUGAAAGAAAGCAGCAGCAGAAAAAAUUUAAAACA